AGCAAUGCUCUGACAGGGGCCUCGGAAUUUCUGCUACAGCUGAUUUCGGUCGCCAUCUUUAUCUUGAACAUAAACAACAGCAAAAGGGCUCGCUUCGGCGUUUGCAUGACACCGUGGCCUCUUUUCAAGGCAGCGACGUCUGCUUCCACCACCGCAGCGAGGACUCUCCCUUGUCCCGAGAUGGCGGCGCCUGUGGGGACCUAAGUCACCGUGUCAGUCGAGAUGGGGCUGUUCUCCAGUUUUGUGCCUCACGGGGAGAGAGCGUAUUUGUAAGGGGGCGGGGGCGAGGAGGGGGAGUAGUACACGGUCCUUGCUGCAGGUCGUCUCUGGGGACAUGGACCAGGACUACGAGAGGAGGCUGCUGAGGCAGAUAAACCAUCAGAACCUGCCCACAGAAGUCCGUCUGUCGAAGUGUGUCAGUGCCACCUGCAGUCCUGUCAGUGUCAAGUCAGGAGACCGCUACAUUCCCACCAGAGCUGGAAGCAACUGGAGUGUCAACUUCCACUACGCCAACGAAAACUGUCGUUCUCCCAGUCAGAACCACAAAGCUAAGGAUGCUAGCUCAGACUCCAGCAAAGACACCGUUGCGUAUGCUGCACUGUUAAGGAAUGAGCUGCUGGGAGCAGGGAUAGAAACAGUACCGGACGCUCACGUCGACGACCGGCGGCAUGCAGUCCUUUCUCAAGACUCGCAAAGUCUUUUUAGGUAUACCGUCCACACUAAGAGAUUGCCUUUUGAUAGUGAUAAUGAAGUCUCUCCGUACUCCCUUUCCCCACUUAGCAACAAGAGUCACAAGCUGCUCCGAUCUCCUCGGAAACCAGCCAGAAAGAUCUCCAAGAUCCCGUUCAAGGUCCUGGACGCCCCUGAGCUGCAGGACGAUUUUUACCUCAACCUGGUAGACUGGUCGGCGGGAAACCUGCUCAGCGUCGGUCUGGGAGCCUGUGUCUACCUGUGGAGCGCGUGCACGAGCCAGGUGACAAGGUUGUGUGACCUCUCGGUGGACGGAGACUCCGUGACGUCGGUGUGUUGGAACGAGAGGGGAAGUUUGGUGGCUGUCGGAACGCACAAGGGCUACGUCCAGAUCUGGGACGCGGCUGGAGGGAGGAAGCUGACCAGUCUGGAGGGUCACUCGGCACGUGUAGGUGCCUUGGCCUGGAACGGGGAGCAGCUGUCGUCUGGAAGUCGGGACAGAGUGAUCCUCCAGCGGGACAUUAGGACGCCCCCUACAGGUGAGAGGAGGUUGCAAGGUCACAGGCAAGAAGUAUGUGGUCUCAAAUGGUCGCCUGACCACCAGCACCUCGCAUCUGGAGGCAACGACAACAAGUUACUGGUAUGGAACAGUUCCAGUCUGUUACCUGUGCAGCAGUACAGCGAUCAUCUGGCAGCAGUGAAGGCCAUCGCCUGGUCUCCUCACCAGCACGGGCUGCUGGCCUCGGGAGGAGGCACCGCUGACCGAUGCCUACGCUUCUGGAACACACUUACUGGUCAGGCUCUGCAGAGUACCGACACUGGCUCCCAGGUCUGCAACCUGGCCUGGUCCAAACACGCCAAUGAACUGGUGAGCACUCACGGAUACUCCCAGAACCAGAUCCUUGUGUGGAAAUAUCCGUCACUAACACAGGUGGCCAAGUUGACAGGUCACUCGUACCGGGUGCUGUAUCUGGCGGUGUCACCUGACGGAGAAGCCAUUGUCACGGGAGCAGGUGACGAGACCCUGAGGUUCUGGAAUGUGUUCAGUAAAACGCGCUGCACCAAGGAAUCGAAGUCCGUGCUGAACCUCUUCACCAGAAUACGAUAGUGAACGGAUAUCUGCCAUAACAGCAUCAACAACAGGAACGACCACCAGACCGAUCUCCACCCGCAGCCAUUUUUUUUUUCUACUUCGACUCGCACCUGUCUUUCGUCGUGAGGUCACUUGUCUAAAAUUAUAAAUAGUAAUAAUAAUAAUAUCGAUACCAAGCAGACUAUUGUCAGGACAUAUGUAAAAUGUGUUAAGUGGUUUCUCUUCCGUUGUGUAAUAAAAAAAUGUUUUAUUAAAUAUUAGCAAAUAGUAUACAUACAUGUAUGAAAGUUCUACUCUGUAUCAUGUACAAACAGACAAACAAACAAACACGUGUUUAGGAAUGACCUCUGUAUUGUUUCAGAGAGUAAAAAAAAAAAACAACAGAACUUUUACGAUGCUUUGGUGGGGAGGGUUUCUAUAUUUUGAUAAUGCGUUAAAAAAAACAAAAGAUUUACAGUGGUAAACAUCCGAAGAACAAUAAAUGUGUGAACACAGAGAGCUGCUCAUGCAGCUGGAAAUAAA